GAAAGAUGUGAUCCAAAAUGCUGGAUUUGGAUCAUUCAUCAGAGAGGAUGCACCAUACGUUGACACCCGACUAGUGAGUUGGUUAAUCAAACAUGUUGACCCAACCACUAGCAUACUGGAUUUGUAUGGGAGGAAAAUUCACUUAUCUGCCGCGAUGUUCGGAGAUGUUAUGGGGGUGGACGACGGAGGGGAUCCUGUAGUCACCGAGGGUGAUAGUGACACUCGAUAUCUGGAGGAGAUAUUGAAUGUUGUCGAGUACACCGUGUCCUUGACAAUGUUGGAGAAAUCUUUGUUGGAGUGCGUUGAGGCAGACAGCCUAUUUCUGAUUAAAUUUUCUUUGGUGGUCAUAGGGACAGUCCUUGCGCCGAAAACGGGGGUCGAUAUCACUUCGGGGUACUUGCACUCCCUUAGGGUUACCAGGGACAUUCGCCACAAGAACUGGGCGACUGCGGGGUUCAGGUAUCUGAUGAACUCAAUUUUCAGAUUCCGAAAUAAGGCCACGAAGAAUGUAUCUGGCUGCACCUUAUUCCUCCAGUUGGUGUACUUGACUCACGUGGAGUGGAACUUUGGAUAUGUCGACCGAACAGUGCUCCCCGUUGAUUUUUGGGGUAGUAAACAAUGUAAGUCCGCUUACAAAUUUGUGAAAGACAAUGGGGGUCCCAACAGCGACAAGAUAACGCUCACUUCGAAUCCCGUAAUACUGCCCAACUACUACUCCGACUCGGAAGGAAGAAAGAGCAGUGACCACUUUUUCAGCUCUAUCAACGAGUUGAAGGAGUACUUCUCCAAUGAGUUAAAGUCUCAGUUGAGAUCAUUUUCUUUGAAAUUUAUGGACAAAGGAGAAGGUGUAGGUGGUAUUGACCGAGAGUUGGAGGAGGAUGCUGCUGCGGAAACGGGGAAGAAGGCGGAGUGCAGCCAGGCCGUGGAGGAGUCCCCGUUGAAGUCCCCUGUCCGUUCAAAGACUAAUGUUGUUGGUCUAUCCGACGAAAAUGUGGUGGAUUCUGUAAGUACGCCUUUACUAUCUAUUACAAAAUCUGUUGAAGAUGAAGGUGCUGCACAUAAGACCUUCGACGAUGAGGACUUUGAUAUAGUCGAAGUGGCAUCUUUCUGGAAUAAAGGCAAAGCCCUCGUCAAAUCAAAGAAGACACAGUCGGAGAAUGUGCCUUUAAUUGAGGAUGACUUCAACGAUAAGGCGUACGAGCAAUUCAUUGAGUCGGGCAGAACUGUUGUCGGGCCUUUCAAGACGAAGGAAGCGAUCCCCCGUAACCAAUAUGGGUUUUACAAGUUUAUUUUUAGCAACACAUUAGAUCCGGGAUAUGUGCUUGCGAAAUUUCGAAAGUUUGAAGUGGAUAGGAGGUGCAUGGCAUCGUUGCGACCGUUGCGAGAAGUUGAGGGAUCCAUCAUUGACUGUUUUUCUAUACUAAUGAACAAGUACGAACGUGAUAGUCGAUUACCUGACCAACCUCGUGUUUGGUACAUGCCCACUCGCAUCUCGCAAAAAAACUCUCGGUUCGUUUAAUGUGAAGAGGAUUGCGAAAGACCGGGAGUGGUCAAAACUGUUUUACGAAGACAACUUGGAAAAAUGCGUCAAGGUACUUCAUCAUAUACACAUGGUCGUUCUUAAUUGUAAUUUUGAAAACUGAGAUAUGUUAGCGAUGCAUAUUGGUCAUUGUAGUGUCGAAUAUCUAUAUGGUCUGUAAUUUCAAUUUAUUUUUGACUUUAUUGUUCCUCUAUUCAAUUGUAGAUGUUUGUGCCGGUGUUGACUCUAGAAGGUGCACCACAUUGGUUUGGUGCCGAAGUAAAUAUGAAGUCUAAGGUUGUCUCAUUUCUGGACUCCCUACACACCGCAAUGAAUGAGAAGUAUCGUGUGGAGGCUACGAAAGAAAUGGUAAACUUGCAAAGUUUCAUUGUUUGAUGUGAACUCAUUCUUCAUUGAAUCUAACUAAUUGUA